GCGUACUGUUUUCACAAUUUGGCGCGAGCUGACAAGCCUGGUGUGUGCACGCGCAGAUUUGGCCAUUAUUUUUGGAAAAGAGACGUUAGAAGUGGAUUAUGGCUUUUCAGACUCGUAAGACCUUUCAGACUAGUAAGACCUGAAGAUCAACUACAGAGGCUGACAUCAUUGCACCAAGGGCAACAUAUGUCGCCUUCUCCACAGAACUGAGCUGAAGAAAUACUUAAAUGAUGUCAGUCGCCGUGGAAACAACAGCAUCCAGGGUGUCUCUCCCUCUCCCAACCCAUUUCCACCAAGCAGAGCAGUCCUUCUCCCUGAAAAAGCGCAAGCUCCCCUUUUCCUCGUCAUCUGUGUCCAACUCCUCCUGCUCUUCCCCAGUUCGACACUCCUAUUCUCACCCUCCACUGCCACCAUCCAAGGGUUGUCCCCCUCUGAGCAGGAUAUUUGCUCAGCAUUCAUCACCAUGGACACCACUGUCUAAGUCUCUCAGUAAUUCUGCCUAUGAUCCCAGUAAAAAUGGGUCCUAUUUCAGUCAGUGUUUUACUAAUUUGGGCAUCUUGGGAAAAGGAUCUUUUGGAGAGGUCUUUAAGGUGCAAAGCAACAAGAACGGGCGUCUUUACGCUGUGAAGCGCUCUGCUUAUCGCUUCAGAGGAAACAGCGACAGAGAUCGAAGUGUGAAGGAGGCCAGGAACCACGAGCACCUUUGUCCUCAUUCACACAUCCUGAACUUUGUGGCUGCGUGGGAGGAGAGUGGCCGACUCUACAUCCAGACAGAACUGUGCAGCACUAGUUUGCUGCUCCAUGCUGAGAGCAAGCCCCCUGGACCAGAUGAGCCUGCUGCCUGGGCAUACCUGUGUGACCUCCUCUCUGCUCUGCAACACUUACACUCUCAUGGUUUUGUGCAUCUGGACCUUAAGCCUGCUAAUGUCCUCAUCACUGACUCUGGCCGUCUGAAGUUGGGGGACUUUGGGCUUCUGAUGGAGGUCAAGCAGACGAUUACGGAGCGCACAGAGGACAAAGUAAAAGAGGAUGUUCAAGAAGGUGAUCCUAGAUACAUGGCCCCUGAGCUGCUCCGUGGAGAAUAUGGCCCUGCUGCUGACGUUUUUAGUUUGGGUGUUUCUAUUCUUGAGCUGGCUUGUAAUAUCGAGGUUCCAAACGGUGGUGAGGGCUGGCAGCAGCUCAGACAGGGUCAUCUUCCCUCUGAGUUUACCAACGGCCUGUCUGUUGAGCUACAGUCAGUCCUCCGGAUGAUGCUGACCCCUGAACCAUCUGAGAGACCCACGGUCUUUGAGCUUCUGGCCCUCCCCUCUGUGAGGAGACAUAGAUGGAAACGGCGUGUUUAUCUCAUGGUUGCUGAAGCCAUGCUGACUUUGGUCUCCAUGUGUCAAGUAAUGCUCCCAAUGGUGGUGUGCUUCGGAUGCAGACUGCUGUCCUCAUUACCUUUGUCCUUCCUCCCUCGAUGGAACAAACCAGUGCCCAGCACCCCCCCUAAAGACAGCUGGGACAGAGAUGUAACACUGUCCCUCAGUAGUAUGCACACCAGUCACGAGAGUUUUGAGGACGACACUGUGUUUUUGCAUCACACAGAUCCCGAUUUUUCUCCCACCUUUUCACACAGGGUGAAUUCUAGGCUCUCUGCAGAAAGCACAUCCACUCCUCUAUCCGGUUCACCGAUACGCAAUCACAGAAGUCCCGUUCACACACCCGGGCAUUCAACCCUGGGUGACUGGCCCUCAUCUAACCUGGCUUUAACCCCUUCCAGCAUCCAUUCAAAUGGCUUCUGCCACACACUCACACCCAGCACAAGCCCCGCACACACCAAGCAUCACACAGGCUCUUCAUCCAGUAAGUCUUCUGGCCGGCUGAGUCGUAACUGGAUCAGAACAGAAGAGUCAGUACCCCGAUCUAACUUUGAACCAAAGAACUUGCUCGGUCUGUUUGAAGAAACAACUCGAGAAGAACAGCCUGAGCCAUGAAUCCAGACGAAACUGCCGUUUUACCUUCACGAACAAAGCCUUUUCCCCUCGCUUUAAAAUGUCAGGUGAAAAGGACCUAAUGCCAAAGCUUUACUGUUGUGGGAACAUUCUCUCUGCCAUUUGUUCUAGUCCUAUAGCAGCCUAAUUUAUUUCAUUUUUGUAAAGAAGAGGUUUAAGUUUGUAAUCAGACCUCAAACACCUUUUAUGUUUGUGUAAAUUGAGUCAUUUGCUUCAUUGACAAUGCAUGGUGCAUAUCUAAGUAACUUAUCAAUAGCCUGUUGAGGUAAUUUACCUCAUAAAUGAUCAAAAGUAAGACUGGGGUGGAAAUAGAAUAUUAACUUGAAAAAAUGUGUUGUGACAUAAAUUCUUCAAAACUGGAA